UAACUGAUCUUAAUUCUGGAUGGGUUUCUCUUCACAGAUCUGGUCGCGGCCACACAGGAGUCCACCGUUAACGUCCCACAGAUGGCCGACACGCUCUUCGAGAGGGCCGGCAACGCCAGCUGGGUUGUGGUCUUCAAGGCCCUGGCAGCCACACAUCACCUGAUGGUCCAUGGCAACGAGAGGUUCGUCCAAUUCCUGGCCUCCAGAAACACCCUCUUCAACCUCAGCAACUUCCUGGACAAGACGGGAUCACAGGGGUACGACAUGUCAACGUUUAUCAGGCGCUACAGCCGGUACCUGAACGAGAAGGCCUUCGCUUACAGACAGAUGGCUUUUGACUUCGUCAGAGUGAAAAAAGGUGCUGAGGGUGUCAUGAGAACAAUGUCCACAGACAAGCUGAUGAAAGGAAUGCCCACCUUGCAAGGCCAGAUCGACGCCCUGUUGGAGUUUGAGGUUCAUCCACCAGACCUGAAGAAUGGCGUCAUCAACGCAGCUUUCCUAUUGCUUUUCAAAGACCUGAUUAAGCUGUAUGCCUGCUACAACGAUGGCAUCAUCAAUCUCUUAGGCAAGCUCUUUGUUUUGCUCUGUUUGUUUGUGUUGAGAGUUACCACUGUACAGUUUGUUUUGAACAAACUUUUGCUAUAUUUGUUCCUCAUUGACAAGCCUAAAAUGGACGUAUUACUCGUUAUGAAAUGCUCACACAAAAUAUUCACAUUCACAAUUGUUCAACUGCCUUCACAAAUAUAACUGUUUUGCUGAAUAGA